AUGGCAUUCGUGGCGCCGCAGUGCAGAGACGACGAGGACGGAUGGGGUCCGAGCAGUAAAGGCUACGGCAAAGAAGACGGGGAAACUGGCAUCGAGGCGAUCAUUUACUCUCCGUUUUUGAAGACGGACAAAUUUGGGCGAGCAGCCGACUGGACCACCUCGGGAGGGAAAUACAACAGAAACGAACAACGAUACCAGAGAGAACGAGAAAUGCAACACCAGAGAGACUUUGGCGGCGGUGGGGUCGUGCAAUCGAAACAACAACAAGGCGGCGGCGGCGGUGGAUCGCAGCAGCAAGGCGGUGAGCAAGAGCCGACGUCUUCGUUCAACUUCUUCGAGAACAAGGAAGAAGAAGGGAGCUUUUCGUUGGUGGAUACCUCGAAAGGAGGGUUCCAACAGAAGAAGUUUGGCGGUCAACAGAGACGCUUUCAACCGGGCGGUGGAAGAGGAUUCGGCAGAGGGAGAGGGGCGCAAGACCAAUCCGGAGCUUUGGGCGACCAAGGCAUCGGCGCGGAAAGAGAACGCGCCAGACAAAUGCGAAAACAAAGCAAGAAGCAGCAACAGUGGAGCUCGUGGGGAUUCAACAGGAACGAUCGCAAUCAAGUUUCGUACGAUGCGUCCGUGGAAAUCAAACCGACGUGGAACGUGGUCGAGCAAAUUCAAUUGUCGGCGUUUGCGAAAGUUACGGAGAAGAUUGCCACGCCGACGGACGCUCCGGAGACUUUGAAAGAGUUUGGCGCUUUGAAAUCGUUCGAUAAAACAAUCGACCGCAUCACGCCAAAAACUGAACGAACCGUGAAGCGUUUGACGCAGGUUUCGAGUUUGAACGGCGCGACUGCGUCGAAAGAUCCGGUCAUGGUCGAAUUGGGCAAGGCAAACGCGAGCGCGAAUCCAAACAAAGUCACGCUCAUGACGACGGAUACGACUUUAGCUGCCAUUAUGUGCGCGACGCGUUCUGUCUUUGGUUGGGACGUUGUUAUCACGAAAAAAGGAAAUACGAUUACGUUUGAUAAACGUCCACGAGGAGUGGUGGAUUCGCACACGGUUUCUGAAACCGCGCAAGAGGCAAUUUCAGACGAUAAAGAUAACAUCAACGGCGCGCAGAAGUUAGCAGAGGAAGCUACGUUAAUGUCCGCCGCGUAUUCCGCGCAAGUCGCGUCGGAAGAACCGGAAGUUGUUUUAGGUGGGGAAAGAAAGGUGCCAGUGGAAGAUGCUCCGAGCGGCGUCGCGUACAGAUACAGAAAGUGGCAGUUGAACGACAAGAGAGACGCGAUAGUGCGAACCGAAGUUAACGGCGUAACAGAGUCGCGAGGUCAAAAUGCUCUACUGUGUGCGCGUGCAUUGCUCGAAUAUGAUUCCAAGGUCUCGCAAACCGUCGAUUGGAGAGCUAAAAUCGAGACGCAAAGAGGUGCUGUCAUCGCUACAGAGUUGAAAAACAACUCAAACAAAUUGGCGAAGUGGACGUGCUGCGCUAUUUUGGCUGGGGCAGAUUUGCUCAAACUUGGUUUCGUGUCUCGUGUGCACCCGAAAGAUCCGAACGCGCACUCUAUCCUGAACACGCAAACGUUCAAACCGAAAGACUUUGCGGCGCAAAUUAACUUGAACUACGACAACAUCUGGGGCGCUUUGGGCUUCAUUUUGGACGUCGUCGAAAAGCAAGUCGACGGGACGUACAUUUUAGUCAAAGAUCCAAACAAACCGCAAUUGAGAAUGUAUAAGGUUCCGGACGAUUACUUGACCUACCAGUUCGAAGAUCAAGCGGACGAGGAGUUGGAUAUCUAA